UCUGCUAACUGGUUGCAGGAUUCCCUCUCGCUUCAAGAGUGGUUGUCCUUCCUCUCUCUUCCGACUCUUUCCCCAACGAAAGGAAAAGUGCUAUUAGUCUCCCCAGCCUACUGCAAUUAAGAUGCUUCUCCAGAGAGCAGGGCCUAUAUUCUAGAAGUAUAGUACUAUAAACGAAGAAAAAGAGAAUUUUCACCUGUUCGAUCGAAUACGGAAGAACUCUUUUCAUAUCGGAAGCUCUUUCUUUUAGACAAGAUGUGCAUGCUUUUUCUGUACAUUAAUCCGAACCCUGGUCCACAUGGGUUCUAUUUGAUCCUUGCUAAUACCAGAGAUGAGUUUUUUUACCGUCCGACCAGAAAGUGCCAUUAUUGGGAACAAAAUCCUAAUAUUAUUGGAGGUAUGGAUAUUGAAGAAGGGAAACAAGGCGGAACUUGGUUAGGCAUGAAUACUAACGGUCAAGUGGCGUCACUGUUAAAUUUGAUGAGACCCUUAGCAGAUAUGGACGGAACUAAGAAGGAUCGAGGUUUCCUGGCUGUAAAUUACUUGGAGGGAGAUGACGAUGGCGUCACCUACUUGCAAAGUCUGAGGAGAGAAGCUGAGAUGUACAACAGCUUUUUGCUUGUUACUAUUGAUGUCAAGCCGAUGAUCGGUGAAAUAAUAGCUGCGUACUACACAAAUGAAGGAAAUCAAGGACCAGUUAUUCUUAAGCCAGGUGUGCACGUCUUUGGAAAUAGUUCUCCUUCUGCACCAUGGAAAAAAGUGACAGCUGCAAAAAGAAUGUUCGAAGAAGUGACAUCUCAUCAACCGAAUUCUUUUCAAAAAGAAGAACUUAUUGAUGACAUAUUUCGCGUUCUUACAAAUGAUACUUUGCAUUAUCCCGAUGAGCAGCUGAUGAAAGAUGCAGAAGGAAGACCCGAAGAAUAUGUAAAACAAUUAAGUGAUAUUUUUAUUAAGCCAGAAAUGGGAUUUUAUGGUUCCAGAACGCACACUAUCAUUUUGGUUGAUGGUCAUGGUCAAGUCGAUUAUUUGGAAAAGACAAUGGAAGAACCCAUAGACGUGAAUUUGGGUAUUACUUGGGCUACAACUAAGAUGCAAUUCACAAUACAAGAACCCAGUAGGAUUGUGUCGCGGUUAUGAUUAUGCGACUGAUGUCUAGAGAUAAAAUUUUAAACACUGUAAAAAGAAUCUUAGUAUUUAUAAUCUUUUUAUGUUUGUAUUUAUAUAAAGUUACACCUUUCUCAUUUUUUUCCUCGUUUUAAUGCGAGUUAUAAGAAUGUUCACUAUCUAACAUUUCUAGGACAAAUCUGUUUUCUGUGAUUUUUGUAAUAUAUUGUUAUGAUAUAGAUAGUACGUUUAAUUUUCUUUUAAUUAAGGAUUUGCAAUAGAAUAGAUUGUCGUUCUCAAAUUACUUAGAAAGCCUUUCUUAUAAGCAGCUUGUCUAAGAUUACGUCAGAUAACUAAGAUUAACAUAAUUAUCUAGAAUACAAUAAAAUAUAAUCACUUGCUGAUAUAUAAUUAUGGUAUAUUACAAAAGAUAGCAGCUAAAAAUAAGUACUUCUUCAGUUUUAAGACUUUUAUAGUACAUUAUCAUCCUUCUGAGCUGAAAUUUCCUUAAAUGUAAUACGGUUUCAGCUAACACCUAUAAGAAAGAGUUUAGCAAAAUUGUAGCAUAUUCACACUUUCUUAAGGAAUGGAGAAUUAUUUAAGGAACAAAUAGUAUUUUUAAUAAAAAAAAACACCUUUGUUAAAAUACCAGAGUUACCAGAGUUAAAACACCAGAGUUUGAAAGUGCUGACUUUUGUUGAUUCAGAGUGAGCAUGCAGAGUAUUACUUUUUUAGAGUUUACUCUUCAGAAGAUAAAGCAUGUAACUCACCACUGUCAGGCAAAUCAGUAAGCUUCUUUCUAAAAUCACUGCUAUGAUUUUUGAAAUUACCCCAGAUAGGCUCUAUCAAGUAUGGCAGAAGCUGUUUAUAGAAUGAUAAGCCUGCAAAAUUACUGAAAAGCAAUCAAAAACUACUUUAAAUUUGCAUUUUAAAGAAAGGACUCAAUGAACAUCAGCCUACUUCUCGUUAUUUAUGCAGUUUGUAGCUUCUUUCGAAGCAUUUCACUUCACCAUUCGCGAGUACUAGAAAUAUUUUAUACCACCGUCUAAUCAUUCUUAACUAAUCUUCUUCUGGAGUUUUAUAGAAAAGAUACAGCGUGAAAUGCUCUUCCAGUAUUGUCCAUCCCUAUCACUUUCUGGUGCAAUGUUUCCUAAUUUUUUUAUUAUCACGACUCGCAUUCCUAUCAUUUCUUUAGGGGGGAACAGUUAAAGGAUUCUAGAUGAGAAUAAUGAAAAAUAUUAUAUUAAUAAAUACGUAAAUAACAUUUCUGACAACUGAUAGGUAUAUAAUAAUUAAUAACUAUAAAUUAAUGUAUGAAAUUAUGUAAUAAAACUAGAAAUGGCCUAACUUUUCUCGACUUUAUAAAAUUGUCACCUUAUCUCUUGGUUGAGUUUUGAUCUGCACUUUGGAAACAUUACUCUAAACCUUUUGAAAAGAACUUUUUAAAAAAAGGUAACAGCAUAGGUCUUACUUCAAAAAAGCUGGAAGAAGACAUGGAAUAAUAGCUACUAUGAAAUGAAGCACUCGUUUCAGAUAUUACAAAUACUCUCUGCUUAACACGUUGACUGCCACGCUAGUUUGUAAAAAAAUGUCCGCCAGGCCACGAGUGCUGCUAUAGUAUGCGCCAGUUGUUUCUGAUAGUAAGCGUUUAGAACGUCUAGAAUAAAAUAUUUCUGGACAGUCAUUUAGUUUAAAAUCUUUCCUCAAAAACGAAGUAUUUAAGAAAGGGUGUGAGAUUCGAAAAUUAUUUCUUCUUUUCCAAAUAUUUUUUGUAAAGUUACAAAUAGUUGAAAUUUUUUUUCGGUUAAAUUUGUUGCUCCAUUUUUUUGCAGUGUCUAAAAAAAAUGGAAGAGUAAUUUUUAAGUGAAACAUAUAUCAGUGAAGAAGAAACCAGUUACGAGGCUUAAAAAAAAUUCGAAUAGUAGCGAUGACGAGCAGUCGAGAUUUUUCAGAAAAGUAAUUAUGAACAAAAUUACAUCUCCAAAUUCUAAUUUGAACACUGAUAAAUGCAGUGAUAAUAAAUGUGGUACAGAUACUACUAAACAUAAAAGAAUUGGUUGUUUAGGGAAAAAGAAAAGUGGAUAUCUAAGAAAGCAUAAUUCAGUGAACGAAAUAAGUUUACCUGUCGACAACAAUAAUUUUUGUACGUUUCUUUACCCAAUCAUUCAAUCAACCAUCAUAUUUUUUUCAAAUAUCUGCUUUAUCUCGUGAGUACUCAAAGAACUGUCACCCGAAUACGGAUGACACAAACUGAUCAGAAUUUUUGCCGUCAACAGAAUAUGGAUAACGCGGCAGUCAAUGUGUUAAAUAUCAUUCACUGCAUCUGUAAAAAACCAGGACUGCUAUUUAAAACGUGCAACUUUUUGAAAAAGAAAGGGACAAUGAUAUAAUAUGAAAGUUCAUUCAGUGCCUUCAAAUCAACAAAUGCUGUUCCUAAUUAUUAUUUUGCUGCUUAAAGAAUUUCCCAUGUUUCUAUUUCCACGCUUAGAAUUAUUUAGUCUUCUUUUUUCUGUUGUGAGGAAUAUUCAUUUAAGAAAGGUGUAGCAGAGCUUUGAAAAUCUUUAUAAAUUUACAAAUAUUUAAAGGAAAAAAUCUUUAAAUUAUUGCAUUUUAUGCAGAUAGUUUCAUGAAAUAAUCAGCUGUUUGUCAGAUUCUCUAUACUCUUCCACGCAUCUUAUUUAGAUCUGAGUACUUCUAUUUUUAAUAAAAUAAUGUAAUUAUUUGCUUUAUGAUUUAAGCAUUCAAAUUGUUAUAUAGUGGAAUUUAUUCUAAUAUUUCUUGCUAAAAUAGUAGAACCCAUUCUGAUACUUGAAAUCACUGAAUACAAGAAAUAAUACGUUUUUAUUGUUAUAAUAUACUUUACUUGUACUGGGGAUUUAAUCAAUGUCUCCAUCAUUUUAGGAUACAUUGCUUAAAAUCCAUAAUGCAAUUCCACGCAAGUGGAUUUAUUCUGAAAUAACAAAAUUUUAUGAUUGUAUAAAAUUAACUGUAAAUUUCUAAGCUCUGAAUUUCUAAAUUGUUCUAUUUUAUAACAUUUACAGCGUAACACAUAUGCAAGUAAUAACUAUUUUAUGUAUAUAUUUAUUAAAGUGCAUAUAUAAAAUUAAUUGCAUUAUGUGUUGAUUUUUGUAAUUGUAAAAUAUUAAUUGUUUGAAGUUUUCUUCAAUAGCUGUUCAUGUAUAAAUUUAUUUUUAAUAAACUGAAGUGUUAAAAUGAA